UGUACACCACGUGGCUCGUUAAGGCGGAGUGCCCAGCCAACAUGGCAAAGCAUUUGGAUGCCAUUUGUCACAGAAAAGAUGGUGGAUUCGCUUUGGCUGGCUCUUCGUUAACUGGCAACACGUGGGAUGGUGCUUUAUGGCUGUUUAAUGAUUGGGAUCAUUACAUCAACUGUCCUAAUAUUGAAUUGGAGGCUUUUUCUACCAUCACCGGACACAAUGACAUAACAUGGCUAAACCAGUCAAAACUCCUUGUAGCGGCAGACAGUGGAGAUAUUGAGAUAUGGGAUGUCAUUGCCCCUGGGAAUAUGCUAUCAUGCGACUCUGCCCUGUAUGGAGGACAUGAUGACAUGGUCUUAACGGUCUGUGUACCGAAAGUGAAAGAAGAGAAAGAAGGAGAAAGCAUUGUUAGUGGGGGUGGGGAUGGACGUAUUGUUGUAUGGGAUGUAAGUACAGCUAAAGUAGUUUGUAAGUACAGAGCUCAUGUUGGAUGGAUUACUGAUAUUGACUAUCAUCCGUCUCAACCCAACGUCUUCAUAUCAACUGGUCUGGAUCAGACGUUAAGGAUUUGGGAUACAAGGCAGUCUUCUCCAGUGACUAUGUCUCUUAAAGCUCCUCAUCAUGCAAACUGCCUCUGUGUCUCGUGGUCAAAAUAUGAAGAUAACUUUAUUGCAUCCGGAGACGAAGCUGGCUAUCUUUAUCUUCACGAUCUCCGCCUACCAGUCAAUCCUAAUGCCUCCCCUUUCUAUUAUAGACUACAUUCCAAUGCUGUUCAUCGUCUUUCAUUCUCUCCAACUGUCAAAGGACUUGUUGCUUCUGUUUCUGAUGACUCAACAGCUAAACUGUUUCAUUUCCCCACUCAGACCACCGUGUUUACCAGCUCAUCCCAUGCUGAUUUUGUUCAUGGGUUAUCAUGGCAACAGGACUCCACCUCUUUCCUAACGUGUAGUUGGGACUUUAAGGUUUAUCGCCAUGAGUUCAACGAGAGUAUGAUACCUGAUCCUGUGACACCCUCUGUUGUACCUCUGACGGUAUCAGAAAUGCAGGACGAUUCACUUUUUGAAAAUUUUGUAGAUGAAGAUACAGUGCAUGCAGAAGCAGACAUGGCUAAAGGAAAGGGGAGAGAGAGAGAAAGGAAAAGAGACAAGACGGAAGGAACUGAUUGUAAUGGCAUGAAUGAGUCUUUGGGUUUGAAUGGAAAGCAAGGCCAGGCUGCCUUGGAAACUAAUGGAGGAACUCAUUCUGAUGUGGGGUUGGCAAAAUGAUUACCUUAUGAUAUUGAUAAUAAUAUAAUUGAUAAUAAUAAUAAUAAUACUAAUAAUAAUAAUAAU